AUGGAAGCCAAUCCGAACUCCAGCGAGGAAGACAAGCUGCUUGAGAGCCGGUCGUCCGAGGAGGACUCUACCGCUGAUCCUACCGACAGGCUCUUGCAACAACAUCAAUCGCAGCGCAAGUGCAACUGGCAUACAUUCACCAUUUCUGGUCUCACAGUUGCUCUCGUCGCGAGCAAUUUACUUUGGGCGUCGUUUCCUACCACUAUAAGGGAGCCGCCUUUCAACGGAGGAAAAUCCGCGCUCCCUCGAACACAUACGCACUUUGAUACCUGUUCGAAACCGGUACUCCGCCGUGAAUGGCGGAACCUCGCACAACAUGAGCAGCUCGCAUAUUUGGGGGCUGUGAUAUGUCUAGCGAAUACUCCCUCCAGAAGUCGGAGCAUUGGCAGUAUAUACGACGACUUUGCAUUCGUGCAUAUGCAAAUUGGGGCGCACACCCACGAGGCGGCUCCGUUCUUCCCGUGGCAUCGCAUGUUCUUGCAUCUAUGGGAGCAACACCUUCAUGACUUUUGUGGCUUUGAGGGAGCAUUGCCGUACUGGGAUUGGACGCUUGACUGGGAAAACCUCGCGGCUUCACCAAUCUUCAGUAAUGUUACCGGAUUCGGAGGAGACGGCGGCCAUAUCAUUGCCAGUGCACUGGAUGACGGCUCUUCUUGCGUGGGAGACGGCCCUUUCAGAGAUCUUGAGUUGCUGUACAUGAAUUCAACCAUCCAGAGGCACUGUUUAGCCCGCGGCUUUAUUCGAUACGAGGACAAGGCUGAUGGCCACAUUUCUGGCAAUCACGUACGUCCUAGUGCAGUGGCCAGGCUUCUGGAUCAGGAGCAUUACUACCAUUUGAACAAUGCUACCCAGUGGGAGAUGCAUAAUGCUAUCCACUGGGGCUUACGAGGCGACUUCUCACAGUGGUCUUCUGCAAAUGAUCCAAUCUUUUACCUUCAUCAUGCCCAAUUGGACAGAAUUUGGUGGCUAUGGCAGCAGAAACGGGCCUCCCGAUCAACAGAGUAUUAUGGCCUGAAGUCUCGGCAGUCUGAGGAGACGGCUUCAAUACAAGAUUUACUCCAUUACCUUGAGCUUGGAAGCUCGAUCCCAGUAUCAGAGGCGAUGCAGGUUGAUGCGGGAACUUUAUGCUAUAGGUAUUAG